GGCCGCGCCGGGCCAAUGGGGAACCGAGCCGUGCUGGCGGGGGCGGUGUGCGGGGUCAGGCUCGAUCCAAGAUGGCGUCGAAGAGGCUGGGGAUGGCAGCUCUCGCCUGGAUGGCUCUUUGCCUCGCUGCUGCCUUUGCUGUGGACAGGAGCAACUUCAAGACAUGUGAGCAGAGCUCCUUCUGCAAGCGUCAAAGGAGCGUGAAGCCCGGGAGCUCCCCUUACCGGGCACUGCUGGAGUCGCUCCAGCUCAGCCAGGACUCCAUGAAACUGCAGCUUGUCAACGAAGUGAAUAAGGUCCCACUCCUGCUGGAGCUGUACGGGCUGCAGGGGAACAUGACACGCAUCAAGAUCAAUGAGCUGAGCCCGUUGCGCCCACGUUACGAGGUGCCUGAUGUGCUGGUGCGCGACCCACCCACCACCUGGCUGGCGGUGACGGGCCGGGACGAGAACAGUGUGGAGCUCUCAUUGGGCGACUCUGGACACAAACUGAUCCUGACAGGGAAGCCGUUCCGCAUGGACCUGCUGCACGGGCGGGAGCUGGUGCUGAGCGUCAACCCCCGUGGGCUGCUGCACUUUGAGCACCUGCGGCAUCGGAAGGACUCUUUCUCGGAUAAAGUUAGUAGCUCGGUCGGUAGCUUGUGGGAUAAGAUCAAGAGCCUUUUCUAUAGGGAGGAGCCAAAGGAGUCAGCCCCGGAGGACGGGGCAGCCGGGGAGGAGACCGAGCCAGCUCUGCCUGGGGACCAGGAGUCCAGUGAGAAGAGCACAAAGUCAGAGGAGGUGUCGGACGGGCCGAACCGGGCUGAAGAGGAGCUGGGUUCCUGGGAAGAGACGUUCAAGACCCACACAGACAGCAAGCCCAAUGGGCCGACCUCGGUGGGGCUGGAUUUCUCGCUGCCUGGCUUUGAGCACGUCUAUGGGAUCCCGGAGCAUGCCGACAACCUGCGCCUGCGCACCACUGAGGGGGGUGACCCGUACCGCCUCUACAAUCUGGAUGUAUUCCAAUAUGAGCUGUACAACCCCAUGGCACUGUAUGGCUCCGUGCCGCUCCUGCUGGCCCACAACACCCAGCGCACCCUGGGCAUCUUCUGGCUCAAUGCCGCCGAGACCUGGGUGGACAUCAGCUCCAACACAGCUGGCAAGACACUGUUUGGGAAGAUGCUGGAUUACAUGCAGGGAGGCGGCGAGACCCCCCAGACCGAUGUGCGCUGGAUGUCAGAGAGCGGCAUCAUCGAUGUCUUUCUGCUGCUGGGGCCUGCGCCCACCGAUGUCUUCAGGCAGUACACAGUCCUGACUGGCACACAGGCCCUGCCCCCGCUCUUUGCCAUGGCCUAUCACCAGAGCCGCUGGAACUACAAUGACGAGGAGGACGUGGCUGCCGUGGAUGAUGGCUUCGACAUGCAUGACAUCCCCUGCGAUGUGAUCUGGCUGGACAUUGAGCACACCGACGGCAAGCGCUACUUCACCUGGGACCCCAACAAGUUCCCCCAGCCCCGCAACAUGCUGGGGCGCCUGGCCGCCAAGAGACGCAAAAUGGUGUCCAUUGUGGACCCGCACAUCAAGGUGGACAGCGGGUACCGGGUCCACAACGAGAUCCGCUCCCGUGGCUUCUAUGUCAAGACCAAGGAUGGCAGCGACUAUGAAGGCUGGUGCUGGCCAGGCUCGUCUGGCUACCCUGACUUCACCAACCCUGAGAUGCGUGCCUGGUGGGCCAACAUGUUCUCCUACGACCAAUAUGAGGCCUCCAUGGAGAACUUGUACGUUUGGAACGACAUGAAUGAACCAUCCGUGUUCAACGGCCCCGAGGUGACCAUGUAUAAAGACGCCCUGCACGAGGGCGGCUGGGAGCACCGCGACCUGCACAACCUCUACGGCUUCUACGUGCAAAUGGCAACAGCACAGGGACUGGAGCAGCGCUCGGGGGGCCUUGAGCGCCCCUUCGUGCUGAGCCGUGCCUUCUUUGCCGGCUCCCAGCGCUACGGUGAGUGUGUGCGGGGGGGNCUUUUGCAGCUGCCCCCCACGUGGCUCCCUUCCCACCCCUCUUUUCUCCCCCUUGCAGACGGUGAGUUCCUGGCCAUCGGCUCCCACGACAACUUCAUCUACAUCUACAGCGUGGGGGAGGGGGAGCGCAAGUACAGCCGCUUCGGCCGCUGCACGGUGCCUGAGGCUGGGCUGGGGGGUCCUUGA